UCAGCUAUCCCGCGCGCCGCGAGCACCGGCCAAUGGGGGCUCCCGGCGGCGGCGCGGCGACGCGUGGCUUUGGCGGGAGCCCGAAGGCGCAGCGAUGGCGGGCCGGCGUGGGGCGCUCAUCGUGCUGGAGGGAGUGGACCGCGCUGGCAAGAGCACGCAGAGCCGCAAGCUGGUGGCCGCGCUGUGCGCCGCCGGCCACCGCGCGGAGCAGCUCCGCUUCCCGGAAAGAUCAACUGAAAUUGGCAAGCUUCUGAGUUCUUACUUGGAAAAGAAGAGUGAGGUGGAGGACCACUCAGUACACCUGCUCUUCUCCGCGAACCGCUGGGAGCAAGUGCCAUUAAUUAAGGAAAAGCUGAGCCAGGGCAUCACCCUCGUUGUGGACAGAUAUGCGUUUUCUGGGGUCGCCUUCACCAGUGCCAAGGAGAACUUCUCCCUGCACUGGUGCAAGCAGCCGGACGUGGGCCUCCCCAAGCCCGACCUGGUCGUGUUCCUGCAGUUGCGGCUGGCAGAGGCUGCCACGCGGGGCGAGUUCGGCCGUGAGCGCUACGAGAGUGGGCCGUUCCAGGAGCGGGCGCUGCAGAGCUUCCGGCAGCUCAUGGGCGACAAGACUCUGAACUGGAGGGUGGUUGAUGCUUCCAGAAGCAUCGAGGACGUCCACAAGGAAAUCCGUGAGCUGUCUGAGGACACCAUCCGGGCCGCCAUGCACAGGCCGCUGGGGCAGCUGUGGACAUAGGCACGAGAGCCUGUGUCCCCUCCCCGCACGCGUGUGAGGCAGGGCCACACGGGCUGCGCGCCCAAGACAAGCAGAGCUGCAGGUCAGCCCGUCAGCAGCCUGCCUCUGCCCUCUCACCCUGGAGACGGGCUUCUCACUGAAGUUAAUAACCACAUCCAAGCAGUUUCAUCCACACUGAAACAGCUCUCGGUUUAAAAUGGGGGUCUGUUACAGGCACUAAUAAAAGUUCACCUGGAAAUGUGC